AUGACUUUAGAGACAAAUCCACAUCUUUUUAUUACAUAUACAUUGCUUCAUAGCUGUCUUGAUAAAAAAUUAAUGGUUAUUUUACGUGAUGGAAAAAAGUUAAUUGGAAUUCUUAGAUCAUUUGAUCAAUAUGCAAAUUUAGUUCUUCAAGGAACAGUUGAACGUAUUUAUGUUGAUCAAGUAUAUGGAGAUAUUCCAAGAGGAGUUUUUAUUAUUAGAGGAGAAAAUGUAGUUCUUGUCGGAGAAAUUGACUUGGAUAAAAAGGAUGAUUUAAGUUUGCAGAAAGUUUCACCAGUGGAAGCGUUUAAUAAACAAAAAAUUCAGAAUGAUUUACGAAAAAUUAAAGAAAAAGCGCAAUGCAAAGCCCUUCAUCGCCUAGGUAGAUCUUAA